AUGGCACAUUCAGAUGACGAAGAUGCUUUUCUCUAUGGAUCAGAUGAUGAAGAUGAACAUAUAACAAAAAAACAAAAAGUGUCACAGCAAGCAGAUGAAGAAAUAGAUAAUACAGGGCAAAAAGAACGACUGGAAGAGAAGCAAAUAGAGCAAGCAGAUGAAGGUGAAGGAGCAGAACAGGAGGCGAAUGAAGAAGAAGAAGAAGAGGACGAUGAUGACGAAGAAGAGGAAGAGGAAGAAGAUUCAGACGAUGAUAUUGAUAUUAUAAUAGGUGACACUGCGCCCAAAACAUUGUCUCUCGUGCCAGGCAAUGACAUACUAUCCGAAGUGGUAGAUACUGACGCCGAGAAAGACUCAGGAGUUGCGACCACUACUACAGUUGUAGCCAAUGAUGGAUCUACUUCUACAAUUGACAUAAAUGCAGUGGGAGAAUAUGAAGGUAAACCAAUAACUCAGUUGGAUUUAGAAACAUUGAAAGAUAAACCCUGGAGAGCACCAGGGGUGGAUAUUUCUGAUUAUUUCAAUUAUGGAUUUGAUGAAUUCACAUGGACAGCAUAUUGUUAUAAACAAGAUAAUACCAGAGGAGAGUUCAAUCCACAAAAAGUCAUGGCUGAUAUUAUGAAAGGUGGGGCUGCAACUCCCGCAGGAAUGCCACCAAUGGGUAUGCCUCCUCUAGGAAUGAUGCCACCGGGUAUGAGUAUGCCACCUGGUAUGCCACCGAUGCCACCAGGUAUGAGUAUGCCACCUGGGAUGAGUAUGCCCCCUGGUAUGAGUAUGCCACCAGGUAUGAGUAUGCCACCAGGUAUGAACAUGCCACCCGGGAUGAGUAUGCCACCAGGUAUGACCUUGCCUCCUGGAAUGACUAUGCCUCCAGGUAUGAGCAUGCCAAAUUUACCUAAUAUGUCAAACUUUAAUCCUUCAGGAGCAAAUAUGCCCAACUUUCAAAAAUUCAUUCUGCCCCAACCCCCAAAUCAACGAUAA